UACCCUUGCAAACCUUUCAAACACCUCAUUUUCCUUUCUCCUCCUAUACAAUCAUCUCCCCUUCUCUUUCUCUCUUUCUUACCUAUAUACCACAAAACAUAUCCUCAAACCAACACAAAUCUAGUUUAGUACAGCCAACACAUACAUAUUUUGGAUCCUUUAAUUUCCGUACAAAAAAUGAUGGGCGGCAAACAAACUUCUGAUCUUCCUCCUGGCUUUAGGUUUCACCCUACGGAUGAAGAGCUCAUCAUGUAUUACCUUCGUAACCAGGCCACUUCUAUGCCGUGCCCUGUCUCCAUUAUCCCCGAAGUCGAUAUUUACAAGUUCGAUCCUUGGGAAUUGCCUGAGAAAGCAGAAUUCGGAGAGAAGGAGUGGUACUUCUUCACGCCUCGAGACCGGAAAUACCCCAACGGAGUUCGUCCCAAUAGGGCAGCCGUGUCGGGUUAUUGGAAAGCCACAGGCACAGACAAGGCCAUCUAUAGUGGCUCUAAAUACGUGGGUGUCAAAAAAGCUCUCGUGUUUUACAAGGGCAGGCCACCAAAGGGCAUCAAGACUGAUUGGAUCAUGCACGAAUAUCGCCUUAGCGAAUCAAGAUCAUUACCCGCCAGGCAAAAUGGGUCCAUGAGGCUGGACGAUUGGGUUCUAUGUCGAAUUUACAAGAAGAAAAACUUGGGGAAAGCCAAUUCAAAUACGGGGAUGAUGAUGAUGAUGAAGACAGAGGUGGAAGAGACAAACCCAGAAAUUGCAAGUUGUUCAGAAGGUGGACCACAAGUACAAGGGAUGAAAUUGCCAAGGGCAUGCUCAUUAACCCACCUCCUGGAAAUGGAUUGUUUUGGGUCAAUUUCACAACUCCUAGGCGACAACAACAAUAACCCAGCAACAUUUGACAACCAAAACCCCACACUAAUGACCAAUAACAAUGGAAUUGUCCCUUUUGGCCUUGGUGAAGUAGUCCCACACCAAUACACCCAAAAUAGCAUCUUCAACCAGCCCAUUUUCGUGAACCCAGCUUUCCAAUUCCAGUGACGUCAUUGAGAAGGGAAAAAACCAAAAAAGGAAUGGAAUGGGAUUCCGAUUAUUCAAAGAAUGAAAGUGAAAGACAGACAUAUAACCGCCAGCAAUUGUAAAAUAUCUCAGCAUUGGAUGAACAUGAAAGUGUCAUACAUUUGUCAUGCUGCAAUCAGCCAAAGUUUCUCCUGUAGA